ACGGUGACGCCCUUCUCUAGAGAGACACAACAAGCGAACGGCUAACAUUGCGCUUUUCACUUUAGCGUUAACAAUGAAGGUUUGCACAGUAUUCGCAUUCAGCUGACAGUCAACAUGGAGGAGAAACUGUUGCGCUGCUUCAGUGACGUAUAAACUUACCAGACGGGAUUUUUAAGCGUCUGCUGCUAAAAGUUGACUUUUUGUUUGUGUGUGUGCAGUUUUCUUUGUGAAGUUGUUCGUGAGAGAAGUUCAACCAUGGUGCAGGAAUACCAGUCACCAGUUCGGGUCUACAAGCAUCCAUUUGAGUUAAUCAUGGCGGCAUAUGCAAGGAGAUUCCCAAAGUGCCCCUUGAUCCCAGUGUUUGUGGACAGUGAGGUCAUCAGUGAAGACCAGAGUGAGGAUGCUUCCACGGUUGUAACUCAGAGGCGUUGUAUGAUUGACAUUGACGCUCCAAGACUUCUUAAAAGGAUUGCCGGCGUCGACUACCUCUACUUCAUCCAAAAGAACACUCUGAACCGCAGAGACAGGACGCUACACAUUGAGGUCCACAACGAGACAUUCUCCAGCAGAGUCAUUGUCUGUGAAAACUGCAAGUACACGGUUCAUCCAGAGAAUGAGGAGUGGACAUGCUUUGAACAGACAGCUAGUCUGGAUAUGAAGUCCUUUUUUGGCUUUGAGAGCAUGGCAGAGAAGAUAGCUAUGAAACAAUAUGCUGCAAGUAUUAAAAAGGGCAAAGAAAUUAUUGAGCACUACCUCAGAGAGCUGGAAGACGAAGGCAUAACUUAUAUACCUCGUUGGAUACCGCCUGUGUCCUCUGGCACAGCAGCUGCCAAGCUUCUGCUGCCGCCCUCCUCUACUCCCAGAGCCAUCCCAGUGAAGAGUGCCAAGGACAGGCUGCCCUGCAAGGACCCAUCCUGUUCCAUGGAGCUACUGGCUGGCUCUCCUGACGACAAGUUGGAUGCAGACUACAUCAGACGUUACCUAGGUGAUUUAACACCUCUGCAGGAGAGCUGUCUUAUUCGUCUGCGCCAGUGGCUCCAGGAAACCCACAAGGGCAAGAUUCCAAAGGAUCAGCACGUGCUGCGCUUCCUCAGAGCCAGAGAUUUCAACCUAGACAAGGCCAGGGAGAUUUUGUGUCAAUCUCUAACCUGGAGGAAACAACAUCAGGUGGACUUCCUGUUAGACACAUGGAAGCGUCCACAGCUGCUUCAGGAAUAUUACACCGGCGGCUGGCACCACCACGACAGAGAUGGACGUCCUUUUUAUGUCUUGCGUCUGGGACAAAUGGACACUAAGGGACUAGUACGAGCGCUGGGAGAGGAGGUUCUUCUAAGACAGGUCCUGUCCAUCAAUGAGGAGGGACUGAGGCGUUGUGAAGAAAACACCAGAGUGUUCGGGCGACCUAUUAGCUGCUGGACUUGCCUGGUGGAUCUCGAGGGUCUCAACAUGCGUCACCUGUGGAGACCGGGCAUUAAGGCUCUGCUGAGAAUCAUCGAGGUGGUGGAAGCAAACUACCCUGAGACUCUGGGCCACCUCCUCAUACUGAGGGCACCUAGAGUUUUUCCAUUGCUCUGGACCCUGGUCAGUCCCUUGAUUGAUGAGAACACUCGUAAGAAGUUUCUCGUUUAUGCCGGAAAUGACUACCAGGGUCCCGGAGGCUUGGUGGACCUCAUCGACACAGAGAUCAUCCCUGACUUCUUGGGAGGAGACUGCAUGUGUGAGUUCCCAGAAGGAGGCACAGUCCCCAAAUCUCUGUACAGGACAGCAGAGGAGCUGGAGUGCGAGGAGAACCGUCUAUUGACUGACUCAAUUUAUAAGAGUGCCAGUAUCUUCAAGGGUGCUCCAUAUGAGAUGCUGAUCGAGAUUACAGAGGCCUCAUCUGUCAUCACGUGGGAUUUUGAUGUAUCUAAAGGAGAUGUGACUUUCAACAUCUACCAUUCCAAGAGGGCCCCUCAGCUUCCUAAGAAAGACACUCUCGGAGCCCAUGGCAUUACAUCCCUAGCUGGGCCCGUCAACGCCCAGCUGAUAGACAAGAACUGGGUGCUGGGCCAGGACUACAGCAUGGUGGAGAAAGCUCUAAUUUGCAGAGAGGGGGAGAGUGUACAGGGAUCCCACAUAACACGCUGGCCGGGUUUCUACAUCCUCCAGUGGCGUUUCCACAGCUCCCCAGCCUGCACUGCUUCCAGCCUGCCUCGGGUGGAUGAUGUGCUGGCUUCUCUGCAGGUGUCCACACACAAGUGUAAGAUCAUGUACUACACCGAGGUGCUGGCCUCCCAUGACUUCAGGGGAUCCAUGACCAGUUUGGAGUCUUGUCAUAGUGGUUUCUCACAGCUCAGUGGUGCCACUACUUCCUCCAGCCAAUCACACACCAGCUCCAUCUCAAGGUAGCAGACAUCUGACCCGAGGCGUCAGUAACCCCCGAACUGAAUGAUAUCUGUCUCCACCUUAUACAGUUGUAUGUGAGAAUAACAUUUGAAAUUUGAGUAGAUCAGCUAGCAUUCAGUGAUCUUUUGUGAAUGAUGUAGCCUCAAAUUACAUGUAGCCUUGUGAUGACUGGAUGUCAUAUUUGUGUAUAGAAAAAUCACAUGUGCAGUGCUUAAGUGAAAUUGCUCAUUUCCAGCUAGACACAUACUCAUAAAGGUGAUAAUGCAUAAUACCGACUGUGCCUUUGCUGGGUAAAUAAAUACAUGUCAAUUCUA